AUGUCUUUCUCAAAAGUUACUAAUCCCGUUCUUUCAGAACAUGAAACAUCUAACGAGGACAUCGAAGAAAAAGAAAAUUCAGGAACUGAAAGUGAAUCUUUAGAUCCAACAGAUUCGAAGGAAAAUAAAAAUCUCGUUAUUGAGUCCGAGGAAUCUAAAGAACCUAAGGAAUCUAAGGAAACCGUGGAGGCUCCAACGAAUAUUACCGAAGUAAGUGACACUACAGGAGAAGAAUAUACAUCACAAGAAUAUAAUCAAUAUUAUUAUUCUCAAUAUGGAUAUUAUCCAGAAGAAAUAGAUAAUAAUAAUAAUGUGGAAGAUUCAGAUUAUUAUUCUUUUCUUGCUCAACAUGGUGGUUACGGAAGUGAUUAUAAACUUAGUGCAAGAUUUAAUGCACGAACGGGAAAAUUUCAACGUGAUCCAACUUUGACACCAGAAAAAUUUUCAGCUGAAUCUAAAGCAUUUCGACAGAUGUCAUAUUUCUUUGAUUAUGAUAAAUUCGCCGAACAAAGAUCAAAGAAAGUGAAAUUAGAUGAAUCCGUCGAAAUCAAAUCAACUAAAAAAUUGAAUAAAAAAGAUAUUUAUUCAAUGUGA